AUGUCAAAGAGAUUUAACUUUCUUGUGCAGUAUAAAGAAUUGAUCAAAAAUCUCCAAUCAACCACUACUCCUAAAGCUGAUAUAGUUAGACAAUUCUCAAUUGCAAAACAAUCUCAUUAUUUGCAUACUCAAGGUGGUGAUCCACUAGUAGGACCAGAAAAUCAAGGGUCGGAGAAAGCAAGAGAGGUUUCGGGAAAUGUUGAAGAAAUCACAAGUGUGGAGACUGCAUCAGAUGAAACAAAGAAAACUAUGCCAUUAGUGACAGAUACAACCACUGCAGAAGCUGAUAUGAACGUUAUGGACACAGUGGAAUAUAGAAGUAGGGAAGGUUUGGUAGGGCAACUUGGAGAUGGCUGUGAUAACGUUCGCUUCUAA